AUGUUGAACGAACAUUAUCCGGAAUGUCGCACAUUACCGGCAAUCAAUGAAACAUUUCCUCAAUUUAGUCGCCGCCCUCUCUCGCAUUUGUUAUCGCCACUCGAUUUGUCGUUACGUGCUACAAACGUUAUACCAAUAACGCCACCGUCAACACCGUCUCCACCUCGAAAACGCUCGAGAUUGAUGUCGGAAGAAAAUUAUUUGUGGCGUCCACAGAUACCAGGAAUACCGUCGCAGCUACCAACAACAACAGCAACAACAACACUGGCAAAUGUUUGCUCUAGUGUUGGUGGUUACUUUAGCAAUCUGAACUAUACAAAAAAUAAUUUUGUUGAAAUGUCAGAUUUGUCAAGAAUACCAAUGCUAGUAACAAUACCAUCGAAGCAACAAGAACAACAACCAGAAGACCCACAAAUACAACAAGAACAACAGGAAUUAAUAGCCCAGCCUCACAAUAGCUUCGAUACCAUUUAUGUGGACGAUGAAACAAUUGUGUUGACCGAGGAUGAAGAAAGCCAAACACUUGUCAGUUCACAUGACUACAAUGAAGAUGCUGAUGGUGAUGAUGAUGGCGAUGAAGAUGAAGAUGCUGUGGGUGAUGUAGAUGUUGUUGGUAACGACGACGAUGAUGAUGAAUUAAAUCCUGUCAACAUUUUACGUCUACAAAGCCAAGCAGUCAGUGUCGAAAAUGAAAACUCCGACAAAGUAUUAACACGUAAUCAGUUAGUCUAUGAGAAUGAAGAACUACACAAUCAAGCCAUCGACGGUUUGGCAAAGUUGUUUGAUAGAGACUUCCAGCAGCUGCACAACAAAGAAGAAGUCGAGAAUGAGAGUUUGAUAAGUAAAUAUGCGUCAGAAAAAACUUACACAGAAUUAAUUACGCGUAAAAAUACAGCGGCAACAGAAGAAGAAGUACCACAGGUCAAGGAGCAGCCACAACAGGAAGAAGGUUAUUCUAUUCCGUUGCCACGUACUCCUUGCUUGAAGCCACAUAAAGCAGAGCGAAAACGCAUGAAGUUGCGUAAGCAUAUGUCCUUAGACGAGGAAACUUUAAGUCCUGUCUCAGGCACUAUAAUACGAAAACUGCGCGAUGAUGAGGAAUUGGUUGUGCGUAAAGGUGACAUUGAUCCAGCUUUUAAUGUGGUCGAAAUAACUGAAGAAGCAAAGGCGAUUUUGGCCAGCAUUGAUAAUAAGAUUGGCGCGUACUUAUGUCAACUAUGUCGGACAUUGUAUGAUGACGCAUUUAUGCUGGCACAACAUCGUUGUCCGCGUAUUGUUCAUAUAGAAUAUAAGUGCUCCGAGUGUGAGAAGGUAUUUAAUUGUCCUGCAAAUUUGGCUUCACAUCGACGUUGGCACAAGCCAAAGUCAGAGUUAUUACCGAACAACCAACAUAAGAAGCGGCAUGAACAUUCAAACAAUCAGAAUAUAAUACAUGAUAAGAGUCUUAGUGAGGAUGGAACAAGCGACGGCAUUUUUCCAUGUUCACAGUGUGGUAAAACAUUUCGAAGACACGCUUAUCUUAAGAAACAUCGCGCCUCACAUGACAUGUUGCAGAAUUUAAAAAAUUUGGAUAUAUUCAAAAAUACAGCAAGUGGUAAUAGUUUCGGCAAUGCUCACAGUUCUCAACAGCACUCAUUUAAUGCUAUGACCCAUACAACAAAUCGUCCUGGUCUUUAUCAUGGCCCUGGACAACAUCAUUCAACUAAGCCUUAUGCAGCACGUUUUGGACCUUUCGGUUUUCCACCAUUCGAUCAGAGACGUUUAUAUACUUUAAGUGAGUUUUAUCUAUCACAACAGUUGGAUCGUUCCUCAGCUUUUCAGUAUGUGCAAGCAAAUCAUUUGAAUAACCUGAGUUCUGCAGUUAAUAAUUAUUUACCACGUCCAAUUGCUCCGACAUUAUUACCCGCUACUGUAAAAUGACCGAAAGCUUUACGUCCAAUGCCGCGCAUGGCGCUAUCUUCAACCGUUACCUCUAGCAUGAGUGUUAGUUCCGAUGCAAUGAAUGUACCGGCGGCUCCAGAACAAACGUCUACAAGUUUGGGUAAUAUUGCUGGGACAUCAUCGACAGCUGAUACAUUUAAUUGGGUUAAUAACAAAUCGUCGA